CCGUUGUUGCUUUCGGAUUUUUAUCCAGGACGGACCGCAUAUGAAACAGCGUCUGUGAUUUCAGACGGAUUUUUACAAGCUAAAAUAAGUCACCUAUUGGCUAUUUUUCGGUAAAAUGGGACUUUUUAGAUCAAUAAAUCAGCGUGGGAUUCUUGAUGGGAAUGUUUUAACAGAUUAACCGUCCCAGAGGAUCCACCGGAGCCCUGGUUUGUGUGAAACGCUUCAUGCUACGUGUCCAGUGGCUGCGGCAGCCCGUUAGCUCCUCCCGCUAGCGGCUCCAGAACGGAGCGGAUCCCAGCAUGAACUCGCCGAGCAAAGAUCCCUCACAGAGGUCCAGGAUGGAUGAGGUACACCUGGAGGAAUGAAGACUUCUCCUGGGCGGAGUUUAACUGGGAAACAGACUGUAAACGAAGGCUGAAAACAAGCUGAAACAUGAUGUAUUCUUCCAGACGAAAGCCUGUGCUUUACUUUAAAGAAGAAAGAAGAAGUGACGUCUCUAAAGUUCCCCAGCAGGAUGAGAGGUUGCUGUCAGGGAAAUGCACCAUCUACAAGCUGUUUGGCCUCUGCAUGGUGCUGGGGCUCAUCUCUCUGCUGUGGCUGCAGCUCAGUUGUUCGGGUGACAUGUCCUCAGCGACACUUCAAGACCGGCGUGACCCCCAUCCACCACCUCCGCCCUGUCCCGCAGACAGCCAGGCAUCCACGGCAGACGACCCCACCUGGGGUCCUCACAAGCUGGCCCUUGUGGUCCCCUUCAGAGAGCGCUUCGAAGAACUGCUAGUGUUCGUUCCAUUCAUGCACAAGUUUCUCAACAAGAAGAAGAUCCGCCAUAAGAUCCUGAUCAUUAACCAGGUGGAUCAUUACAGAUUCAACCGAGCAACUCUGAUCAACGUGGGCUACAUGGAGAGCGGAAAUGACACGGACUACCUGGCCAUGCACGAUGUGGACCUGCUACCCCUUAAUGCGGCUCUGGACUACGGGUUCCCUGAAGAGGGACCUUUCCACGUGGCCUCGCCAGAGCUGCACCCGCUCUACCACUACAAGACCUACGUGGGAGGAAUCCUGCUGCUCACCAAGAAGCACUAUCACAUGCUGCUCAUCUGUGUGUGCAGUGUAAUGGGAUGUCGAACCGGUUCUGGGGAUGGGGCAGAGAGGACGAUGAGUUUUACAGAAGGCUCAGAAAAGCAGAAUUACAGCUAUUCCGUCCGAGCGGCAUCUCGACGGGAUAUAAAACCUUCCUCCACAUCCACGACCCGGCCUGGAGGAAGAGGGACCAGAAGAGGGUCGCCGCUCAGAAACAGGAACAGUUUAAGGUGGAUCCUGACGGUGGUCUGACGAACCUCCAGUAUCAGGUGGAGUCCCGGCAGGAGCUGACUAUCAGCAGUGCUCCCUGCACCAUCAUCAAUGUCAAACUGGAUUGCGAUCAGAGCCAGACGCCAUGGUGUCUCCUGAGUUAGCGGACUUGGUUGCUUCAGGGUCCCGUUGAUAUCUACGAACUGAAGUAAAAACAAACAAACCAGCAGUGUUAGCAUGUCCAGGUACAUGAUCCAAACGCCGGAUUCAGAUGGCUGUUCUCCAUCAAAUGAACUUCAGACUGUAUUCGGGCAAAGACACACUAGGAUGAGGCAAGCCCGACCCUUGAUGCUGGGUGGUGGUUUUUCCUUUCCUUGAUGUCCUCUCUGGUACUUACAGACUUUUAAGUCUGGUUUUAGUUUUUAGCAUGGACCCAGGGCCCUGCAUGCUUCAGCAUCGUACUGUAGUUCCAGAUUAUCAGUUUUUUUAGCUUUUUACCUUAUUUGACAUAAAGAUCAAAUAUCUGGUGGAUCAGAACAAGUUCUUCACUGAAUUGUUUCAUUUUUCCUGCUGAUGCUGUUAAAAGGAGGAGAAUCAGUUUGGACAUCUGGACUGAACUCUUCAAAUUUGAUGAAUAAUACAGCAUAAUGUUUUUUUUUAAUAUUCUUUCUAUGAAAAUACAGAGUAAGUUAAAACGUCUUUAUAAAUAUGACUGUUGUGUCCAGUUUUUAUGGCUUCAUUUCCAAUAAUUAAAAAAAUUAUUGAGAUAA